AUGCCUACAUUAAAUCAAUUGAUUCGUCAUGGUAGAGAAGAAAAACGGCGCACGGACCGUACUCGAGCUUCGGAUCAAUGUCCCCAGAAGCAAGGAGUACGCCCGCGUGUUUCAACGAGAACACCGAAAAAACCAAAUUCAGCUCCACGUAAGAUAGCCAAAGUACGAUUGAGCAAUCGACAUGAUAUAUUUGCUCACAUUCCGGGCGAAGGUCAUAAUUCGCAGGAACAUUCUAUGGUCUUAAUAAGAGGAGGUAGAGUUAAAGAUUUGCCAGGUGUGAAAUCCCAUUGUAUUCGAGGAGUCAAGGAUUUGUUGGGAAUUCCGGAUCGAAGAAGAGGCAGAUCAAAAUAUGGUGCAGAAAAACCCAAAUCGAUAUGA